AGUCUGCCUGCGCUCCUCAGUCUGGCGGUUCUACCUCUGAGGGUUCGCCCGCCCUUGGUUUUCCUUACACCUUCGCCUUUGGCUCCUUUGACCACUCGAAGCCCCACAGCGUGUUCCAGCGGACUUCACCAGCAGACCCAGAAGUGGUGGGUGAAACACUGCCUCUGUUCCUCCUUGAGCCUGUCGGGAGCUGCUGCCUGCCACCAUCAUGUCUGCUGCCAAUCCUGAGACUCCAAACUCAACCAUCUCCAGAGAGGCCAGCACCCAGUCUUCAUCAGCUGCAGCUAGCCAAGGCUGGGUGUUACCAGAAGGCAAAAUCGUGCCAAACACUGUUUUUGUUGGUGGAAUUGAUGAUAGGACGGAUGAAACUGAGAUUAGAAGCUUCUUUGGUAGAUACGGUUCAGUGAAAGAAGUGAAGAGAAUCAGGAAUCGAACUGGUGUGUCCAAAGGCUAUGGAUUUGUUUCGUUUGUUAAUGACGUGGAUGUCCAGAAGAUAGUAGGAUCACAGAUACAUUUCCAUGGUAAAAAGCUGAAGCUGGGCCCUGCAAUCAGGAAACAAAAGUUAUGUGCUCGUCAUGUGCAGCCACGUCCUUUGGUAGUUAAUCCUCCUCCUCCACCACAGUUUCAGAACGUCCGGCGGAAUCCAAACACUGAAACCUACCUGCAGCCCCACAUCACGCCGAGUCCUAUAACUCAGCACGUUCAGGCUUAUUCUCCUUAUCCAAACUCACCAGGUCAGGUCAUCACUGGGUAUCAGUUGCCUGUGUAUAAUUAUCAGUUGCCACCACAGUGGCCUGUUGGGGAGCAAAGGAGUUACGCUGUGCCUCAGGCACACACUACUUACCCAAAUUCAGCAGUUCACGGCAUCACUAGAUAUCAUUUGCCUGUAUAUAAUUAUCAGUCUGCUGCCAAUCCUGAGACUCCAAACUCAACCAUCUCCAGAGAGGCCAGCACCCAGUCUUCAUCAGCUGCAGCUAGCCAAGGCUGGGUGUUACCAGAAGGCAAAAUCGUGCCAAACACUGUUUUUGUUGGUGGAAUUGAUGAUAGGACGGAUGAAACUGAGAUUAGAAGCUUCUUUGGUAGAUACGGUUCAGUGAAAGAAGUGAAGAGAAUCAGGAAUCGAACUGGUGUGUCCAAAGGCUAUGGAUUUGUUUCGUUUGUUAAUGACGUGGAUGUCCAGAAGAUAGUAGGAUCACAGAUACAUUUCCAUGGUAAAAAGCUGAAGCUGGGCCCUGCAAUCAGGAAACAAAAGUUAUGUGCUCGUCAUGUGCAGCCACGUCCUUUGGUAGUUAAUCCUCCUCCUCCACCACAGUUUCAGAACGUCCGGCGGAAUCCAAACACUGAAACCUACCUGCAGCCCCACAUCACGCCGAGUCCUAUAACUCAGCACGUUCAGUCUGCUGCCAAUCCUGAGACUCCAAACUCAACCAUCUCCAGAGAGGCCAGCACCCAGUCUUCAUCAGCUGCAGCUAGCCAAGGCUGGGUGUUACCAGAAGGCAAAAUCGUGCCAAACACUGUUUUUGUUGGUGGAAUUGAUGAUAGGACGGAUGAAACUGAGAUUAGAAGCUUCUUUGGUAGAUACGGUUCAGUGAAAGAAGUGAAGAGAAUCAGGAAUCGAACUGGUGUGUCCAAAGGCUAUGGAUUUGUUUCGUUUGUUAAUGACGUGGAUGUCCAGAAGAUAGUAGGAUCACAGAUACAUUUCCAUGGUAAAAAGCUGAAGCUGGGCCCUGCAAUCAGGAAACAAAAGUUAUGUGCUCGUCAUGUGCAGCCACGUCCUUUGGUAGUUAAUCCUCCUCCUCCACCACAGUUUCAGAACGUCCGGCGGAAUCCAAACACUGAAACCUACCUGCAGCCCCACAUCACGCCGAGUCCUAUAACUCAGCACGUUCAGGAAUAUCCCACUUAUCCAGAUUCAGCAUUUCAGGUCACCACUGGAUAUCAGUUGCCUGUAUAUAAUUAUCAGGCAUUUCCUGCUUAUCCAAGUUCACCAUUUCAGGUCACCACUGGAUAUCAGUUGCCUGUAUAUAAUUAUCAGGCAUUUCCUGCUUAUCCAAAUUCACCAGUUCAGGUCACCACUGGAUAUCAGUUGCCUGUAUACAAUUAUCAGGCAUUUCCUGCUUGUCCAAAUUCACCAGUUCAGGUCACCACUGGCUAUCAGUUGGCUGUGUACAAUUAUCAGGCAUUUCCUGCUUAUCCAAGUUCACCAUUUCAGGUCACCACUGGAUAUCAGUUGCCUGUAUAUAAUUAUCAGGCAUUUCCUGCUUGUCCAAAUUCACCAGUUCAGGUCACCACUGGCUAUCAGUUGGCUGUGUACAAUUAUCAGGCAUUUCCUGCUUAUCCAAAUUCAGCAGUUCAGGUCACCACUGGAUAUCAGUUCCAUGUAUACAAUUACCAGAUGCCACCGCAGUGGCCUGUUGGGGAGCAAAGGAGAAAUCUGUGGACCGAAGCUUACAAAUGGUGGUAUCUUGUCUGUUUAAUCCAGAGAAGAGACUGAUAAAUUCCGUUGUUACUCAAGAUGACUGCUUCAAGGGUAAAAGAGUGCAUCGCUUUAGAAGAAGUUUGGCAGUAUUUAAAUCUGUUGGAUCCUCUCAGCUAUCUAGUUUCAUGGGAAGUUGCUGGUUUUGAAUAUUAAGCUAAAAGUUUUCCACUAUUACAGAAAUUCUGAAUUUUGGUAAAUCACACUGGGUAUAACUUGUAUUAUUAGACUCUCUAUUUUUAUCUUAACACUGAAACUGUUCUUCAUUAGAUGUUUAUUUAGAACCUGGUUCUGUGUUUAAUAUAUAGUUUAAAGUAACAAAUAAUCGCGACUGAAAGAAUGUUAAGAUUUAUCUGCAAGGAUUUUUAAAAAAUUGAAACUUGGAUUUUAAGUGUUUAAAAGCAAAUACUGAUUUUCAAAAAAGUUUUUAAAACCUGAUUUGAAAGCUAAGAAUUUUGAUAGUCUGAACACAAGCAUUUCACUUCUCCAAGAAGUACCUGUGAACAGUACAAUAUUUCAGUAUUGAGCUUUGCAUUUAUGAUUUAUCUAGAAAUUUACCUCAAAAGCAGAAUUUUUAAAACUGCAUUUUUAAUCAGUGGAACUCAAUGUAUAGUUAGCUUUAUUGAAGUCUUAUCCAAACCCAGUAAAACAGAUUCUAAGCAAACAGUCCAAUCAGUGAGUCAUAAUGUUUAUUCAAAGUAUUUUAUCUUUUAUCUAGAAUCCACAUAUGUAUGUCCAAUUUGAUUGGGAUAGUAGUUGGGAUAACUAAAAUUCUGGGCCUAAUUUUUUAAAGGAUCCAAGACAAACUAAACUUUACGGGGUAUAUAACCUUCUCAAUGAGUUACCAUUCUUCUUUUUUAUAAGAAAAAUUGUUCCUUGAAAUGCUAAACUUAAUGGCUGUAUGUGAAAUUUGCAAAAUACUGGUAUUAAAGAAUGCUGCAGCUUUUUUAUGUCACUCAAAGGUCAGUCAGAGUAUCUGAAAGGAAUUGUUUUUAUAAAAACAUUGAAGUAUUAGUUACUUGCUAUAAAUAGAUUUUUAUUUUUGUUUUUUAGCCUGUUAUAUUUCCUUUUGUAAAAUAAAAUAUGUCCAGAAGAGGCAAAAUAGGUAGUUUUGGUAUUUCUAAAUCACGAAAGUUGUUUAGUAAGUAUAUCUUAAGAAUCUGCUAGAGUUAAAGUUAAUGUUGUUUCUAGAUUAGGUAGUGUCCUCAUUUUAUAUUGUGACCACACAGCUAGAGCACCAGAGCCCUUUUGCUAUACUCACAGUCUUGUUUUCCCAGCCUCUUUUACUAGUCUUUCAGGAGGUUUGCUCUUAGAACUGGUGGUAUAAAGAAUGGAAGUAGCUGUAUGAGCAGUUCAAAGGCCAAGCCGUGGAAUGGUAGCAAUGGGAUAUAAUACCUUUCUAAGGGAAACAUUUGUAUCAGUAUCAUUUGAUCUGCCAUGGACAUGUGUUUAAAGUGGCUUUCUGGCCCUUCUUUCAAUGGCUUCUUCCCUAAAACGUGGUGACUCUAAGUUAAUGUCGUUACUAUGGGCCAUAUUACUAAUGCCCACUGGGGUCUAUGAUUUCUCAAAAUUUUCAUUCUGAAUCCGAAGGAUAGAGUCUUUAAACUUUAGAAUUCCCAAGAGGGCUUUAUUACACCUCAGAAAUUGAAAGCACCAUGAAUUUGUCUAUUAAAAAAUUAUCCAUAGUUUUUUUAGGGCUUUUAACAUUCUGACAUGCAUCAUUCUGUGAUUAAAUCUCCAGAUUUCUAUAAAUGAUACCUAUAUUCUAAAGAGUUAAUUCUAAUUAUUCCGAUAUGACCUUAAGGAAAAGUAAGGGAAUAAAUUUUUGUCUUUGUUGGAGUGAAGUAUUUAAUAGAGUAAGGUAAAGAAGAUAUUAAGUCCCUUUCAAAAUGGAAAAUUAAUUCUAAACUGAGAAAAAUGUUCCUACUACCUAUUGCUGAUACUGUCUUUGCAUAAAUGAAUAAAAAUAAACUUUUUUUCUUC